AUGUCCGGAGACACGUUUCUGGCAGAGUUAGGGUACAAACUUGGAAAAACCAUUGGUGAAGGUAGUUACUCCAAAGUGAAAGUGGGCACUUGCAAGAAAUACAGGGAGAAUGUGGCUAUAAAGGUGGUGGACAGGAAAAAGGCUCCCCCGGAUUUUGUUGAUAAAUUCCUGCCGCGGGAGCUAGACAUCCUGAGAGGGAUCAAACACCCUCAUAUUGUGCAGGUCUUUGAAUUCAUCGAGGUCUGCAAUGGGAAGCUCUACAUUGUGAUGGAACAAGCUGCCACCGAUCUCCUGCAGCUGAUCCAGAACCGGGGCCACAUCCCGAACCACGAGGCCCGACACUUCUUCUCGCAGAUUGCCUGCGCUGUUAAGUAUCUCCACGAGCGGAAGAUUGUCCACCGCGACCUCAAGUGUGAGAACAUCCUGCUAACCGAGGACAUGCAGGUGAAGAUCACCGACUUUGGGUUCGGGAAGAAAAUCCAUAGCUCCCCCCACCUUAGCAGCACUUACUGCGGCUCGGCAGCCUACGCCCCUCCGGAGGUCCUCAUGGGCGUCCCUUAUGAUCCCAAGAAGUAUGACAUUUGGAGCGUGGGCAUCGUCCUCUACGUGAUAGUGACGGGGUGCAUGCCGUUUGAUGAUUCAAACAUCAGCAAGCUGCCCAAGAGCCAACAGAAAGGGGUGGUCUACCCGGAGAACGUUCACCUGGAGGAGAAGUGUCAAAGCCUAAUCCAGGAGCUUCUGCAGUUCAGCCCAACCGAGCGACCGGCUGCCCACCAAAUCGUCAAACACGCCUGGGUUAGGGACGGCAAGUAG